AUGGCAACCGUCAAUGAUGCUGCGUCCGCUGCUGGAUCUCGUCCUCUGCCGGCUCACGAGAAUGCCUCUGAUGCGACCGAUGCCGAUGAGGCAGGGCUGCUGGAGCCGGACGCCCACGUCGACGGCGAAAAUGAGAGCGGCGACGAGAGUGGUGAUGACACGCAGCAGCAGCAGCAGCAGCUCAACGAGCGUCUCCGCCAAGCCAUCGCCGGGAACAAUGUGGACGAAAUACACGCAUUGAUGCAAGCAGGAGCCAUCUUGCCGGAGGAUUCGCCCGCGGACGACCCCGCAAGCCCGUUCAAUUGCAUGGUCCGCGAGGUGCUGGCACGCGUUACGCUCGCCACCUUCCAACUCAUCCUCUCCAUGCCGCCACAAGCAUCGGAAAUGGCAUCCCUAGGGAGCUCUGUUGCUGGAUUAACAUUGACCGGGAGCCUCGAGGGAGCAAGUGACGGUCGAGUGCCAGUCCGAAAAUCGCUGGCUCCACGAAGACUCUUCCCCGAUAUCGAGAUGGCAUCGAUUGCUGUGAGACGAGGGCCGGAAUUCCUAAGGAUACUCAUCGCACAGGCGCCGGAGCAGAUGGCGCGGUUGGUCGCUUGUGUCGAUUCGUCCAACGAGCUGCUCAUCUUCCGAACACGCGACGCCGAGGUCAUCGACUUGUUAGGACAGCUGGGUGCGGACAUGAACGACACGAACAGCUGGGGCUUGACUCCGCUCUACCAGGCAUGCAACUCGCGGAAUGCGGAUUUGGUUCGGGCGUUGCUCAAGCACGGAGCCAAUCCAAACAUUGGCAGCGCGUUGCCUCGGUUUUCGGCCUAUCCCGUGCAUGCUGCCGCCGGAACCUUCAACGCGGGCGUUCUACAGCUCUUGCACGAUGCUGGAGCUGAUUUCAACAUUGGCAGCAUUCUCGGAUUCACGCCAGUGUUCUCGUGCGUGGCCGAGAUUUCCGCCGAAACGUCGUCUGCGGAGGUGCUCAACACGUUGCAAGUGCUGCACCGGCUCGGGUGCAACCUGAAUCACAUCAACUCCUUCAACGAAAAUGCCAUCAACACCCUAGCCGGUCUGCACGCUCCGACCGUCAUUUUGGACAGCUUGCUUCAGUUCGGACUCGACCCGACGCUUGUGAGCAGCGAGACCAACAUGUCGCCGCUACAUGCGGCGUGCGCUACGGGCGACGUUGAGCUUGUUCGGGCGCUGCUCGCGCAUGGCAUAUCUCCUGACUCGCUCGUGAACAAGCCCGAUCUUCAGGUGUACUGA